GCCAAGGGAAAGCUUCGCUUUGCUACCUGCUAUGAAUAAUCUCCACAUCACAUUUCGCUGAGCGCCGUUGAAUCCCCGUUCGGUCUCCAGCGGCGCCACACCCAAAUAGCCUCCUCCUCCUUCUCCCGCUAUCAUCUGGCCCUGCCGACAUCGGCAUGUCUUCAGCCCCGCUGCUCGGCGCCUCCGUCGGCGGCAAGGGCGGCGAGGCGACGGCGCGGUCGCCGCCGGCAUGGCUGCGGCGCGCGAUCGACACGGAGGAAGCGUGGGCGCAGCUGCAGUUCGCGGUGCCGAUGGUCCUCACCAACAUGUUCUACUACGCCGUCCCGCUCGUCUCCGUGAUGUUCUCCAGCCACCUCGGCGUCGUCCACCUCGCCGGCGCCACGCUCGGCAACUCCUGGGCCACCGUCACCGGCUACGCCUCCGUGACCGGCAUGAGUGGCGCCCUGGAGACGCUGUGCGGGCAGGCCUACGGCGCCCGGCUGUACCGCAUGCUGGGCCUAUACCUGCAGUCGUCGCUGAUCAUGUCCGCGGUGGUGUCCGUGCUCAUCUCCGCCCUGUGGCUGUUCACGGAGCCGCUGCUGCUGUUCCUUCGUCAGGACCCCGAGGUGUCCGUCGCCGCAGCGGUGUUCGUCCGGUACCAGAUCCCGGGCCUGUUCGCCUUCUCCUUCAUGCAGUGCUUGCUGCGGUAUCUGCAGACGCAGUCCGUCGUCCUGCCGCUCGUGAUCUGCUCCGGGGUGCCCUUCGCGCUCCACGUCGCGCUGAACCACCUGCUAGUGAACGUGCUCGGCCUGGGCCUCGCCGGCGCGUCCGCCUCCAUCUCCGCCACGUUCUGGUUCUCCUGCCUGCUGCUGCUCGGGUACGUGAUGUGGUCCAGGGAGUUCGACGAGACGUGGAAGGGCUUCUCCGUCGACGCGUUCAGCUACGUGCUGCCGACCAUCAGGCUCGCAACGCCCUCCGCCAUCAUGGUCUGCUUGGAGUGGUGGGCGUUUGAGCUCUUGGUGCUGAUUGCUGGCCUGCUGCCGGAUUCCACGGUGAGCACGUCGUUGAUCGCCAUGUGCGCGAGCACGGAGGCCAUUGCCUACAUGAUCACCUACGGGUUCAGUGCCGCUGUGAGCACGAGGGUAUCGAAUGAGAUCGGUGCCGGGAACAUAGUCAGGGCGAAGAACGCCGUGGCGGUGACGUUGAAGCUGUCUGUGUUCCUCGGUCUCUCCUUCAUCCUGCUGCUGGGCUUUGGCCAAGGCCUCUGGGCGAGCCUCUUCAGCGGGAGCUCGGUGAUUGCGGCAGAGUUUGCGGCCAUCACCCCGUUCAUGAUGAUGUCCAUCGUGCUCGACUCCGCCCAGGGCAUCCUUUCAGGGGUGGCGAGGGGCUGCGGAUGGCAGCACCUGGCGGCGAUGACGAACCUGGUGGCGUUCUACUUCGUCGGCAUGCCGCUGGCCAUCCUCUUCGCCUUCAGGCUCAACUUCAACACCAGGGGCUUAUGGUUGGGUCUGAUCUGCGGGCUGACGUGCCAGACAAGCACGCUGGUGGUGAUCACCAUCCGCACCAAAUGGUCCAAGAUCGUGGACGCUAUGCAACAAGAGAAGGUCAACUAUGUCGCUUGAUUUCUCUCCAAAACAAAAACUAGGUCGCUUGAUCAAUGAGCAUAGACGCACGUGUUAGUUCAUGAUGUAAUUUAGGAUCAUAAGGUGGUUGUGCGUCGGCGGCAGCAGCGUCCGUGGUUUCCACCUGAACGGGUUUUUGUGAGAUAGCCGUGGCAUGCGUUGAUUGAGCCCAUGCUCAGCUUUGUGCCUGAACUAUUUGACCAUGUACUUUGAGCAGAGUUUCACAUUUCUGAC